AUGUCCCGUUUUGCGAGUGCGAGGCCGGUGGUCUUCGACUUCCCCGGGGCAGCUUCAGUCUUGCCGUCUCUGCACCGUCCUCGCUCCUUACCGCGUUCAUUUCGCGUUCCCUACUCCAUUGCAACCCCGACCCGUGGGCCGCCACGUCGCGAGUUCUCUAUCAUGGCGCAUCCUCCUAGCGAAUUCUUUGAAUAUACGUCAGGGCGGUGGAUCUUCAACGAUGGCCUUCGCCACGCAGAGUGCAGACGUGUCUUCAAGGUCGAUGAGCUAUGUCGACUCGCAGCGGAGGCCGUCAAUCGGAGUCCUGAUGCUAUUAUGCAUAUGGAGAAACUAGCCGAGGGUGGGUUUAACCGCACCUUCCUCAUUACCAUGCGCUGUGGCUUCCAAACGGUGGCACGUAUCCCGUACCCGGCUACGAUUCCCAAGUACUUUGCUGUCGCCAGUGAGGUGGCUACUAUGGCUUUCCUCCGUUCCUCUGGGCUGCCUCCACCUGAGGUUUACGGAUACUCACCUACGCCGAACAACGCGGCAGGGACCGAGUAUAUUUUCAUGGAAUUCGUACAAGGCACCAAUUUAAGUGACAUAUGGUUUGGCCUAGGAGAAGGGGAAAUCAUUUCAAUCUCACACCAACUUGCUGAACUCGAGUCGGGCAUUACACUAGAAAACAAGUCUUUCUGCGUCGGCCCAGAUACAAGUCUGCGUCUAUGGUAUGGCAGGAGAUCACAGCUCGACGCAGAUCGAGGUCCAUACGAAAGUGCCGAAGCAGCCCUUUUAAGAGGGGCCGAAAAGGAACUAGCUUAUUUACGGCGGUUUGGUCGACCCCUGUUGCCGUUCCAGCGCAUAAGGAGAGAGGCUUAUAAGUACCAGGAGCAGCCAGCCGUCAGAUCACAUCGAGAACCUAGACCGCUAUCUUCUCAUCGCGCCCUCACUCAUCCCCAGGAACCCGGCCCUCAGUCGCCGGACUCUAACUUGCACAUCGUCGGCCUGAUCGACUGGCAACACACCUCGAUCCUACCCCUGUUUCUUCUUACCGGUAUACCCCAACAGCUACAGAACUACGAUGAUAUUGGCUCGCAAUCUAUGACGCGGCCUUCGUUGCCGGAGAAGUUGGAUGACUUGGACGAAACCCACCAAAGCGAAGAGGUGGAACUCUACCGUCGCCGCCUCGUCCAUUACCACUACGUCAAAAGCACGGAGGAGUACAACGAACUUCAUUACGCGGGGUUAACGGACCCCAUGGGCAUGCUCCGCCACCGUCUGUUCUCCCAUGCUAGUGACCCAUGGGAGGGCGAAACUCUCGAGCUGAAGGAUUGCGCUGAUACAAGCAACAGAGAGUGUCCUGUUGUGUUCGACCCCGACGACGUACGCGAGACGAUGAAGCUGGGUGCAGAACAGAGAGAAGCGGACGAGUGUCUAGAAGUGUGCCGGGUUGUGAUUGGCUCCGGACCGGAGGGCUGGAUGCCCGCCGAACACUACGGAGAGGCCAUGGCACUCAGCAAAAAGCUGAAGGAGAAUGGAUUGGCGGCGGCUGAGUCGGAGGAGGAACGGGCUCAGAUCGCAGCGCACUGGCUCUUGGACGACAUGGACGAAGAGGAAUACAUGUGA